AUGACGAUUGCAACGGGGACUACAACUAGAGUGAUUGGGUGGUAUCACUCACAUCCUCAUAUUACUGUCCUACCAUCUCAUGUUGAUGUUCGGACUCAGGCAAUGUACCAGCUAUUGGAUUCUGGUUUUAUUGGAUUGAUAUUUUCGUGUUUUAGUGAAGAUUCACAAAAGGUUGGAAGGAUUCAAGUCAUUGCAUUUCAAUCUUUAGAGGGGAAGCAGACGAUGAGACCUGUUUCUGUUUCAGCUGUACAAAAAAGUCCUAUUAUAGAACUUGAAUCGUCUGUAAGUUCCUCCGACAAUAACAUGGGUAUGUUUGGCUUUUCAAAAGGAGAAAACAUGGAACAAGACACUGGAGAUUCAGGUUAUAAGGUCGCUGGAAAAUCACCACGCUUGGGAGGCUUUUUGGUGAAUGCAAAUAGCAUUAAUUCUAAAACUGGAAAUAAUUACAAGGACAACAGUUUAGGUCAUGCGAUUCAGGAUUUGGACCCAAUGGAUAUGUCAGAUGGUAUGCAAGAGGCGAUGCAUCUUUCAAACUUGGAAGUGAGUGGCGCCCAAUUUGUCCGUAAGGAAAUUCCACUUUAUGUUGUGCCUACAUCAGCCCUUCUCAAAUUAGAUUCUCCUCUCUCAUCCUUUACAAGCCUUCAGCGUAUGCUCUUUGAAGAGGAAAAGAAUGCAUAUGACGAAGCAAUGGCGCUAAACACAAGAGACGGAAAAGUUCAUCCUCUUUCUUUCAUUCAUCAUGCAUCCACCUACAAGGCUUCCAUGUGCAAGAUGAUCGAAUUUUGCUUGAAUCCUGCCAUGGGUGCUCUUCAAGAUCGCCUGAGAGAAAAUGAAGUUAAGUUAAAACUGCUUGCCCAAGAAGCCAAUGGUUUGGAAUUGGAGCUAUUAAGUGGUGGUCCCUCGAAUUCCUCUCCACGUUCUCCAUCUCAAGGGUUUAGAAGUAUCUCGAGUGGCAGCCGAGCAAAACGAUGA